UGGAGCGGCCCAGGGAGGAAAAUGGCUGCGAGUUCUUCGGUUGUCUCGGUGGCAGCGGCCACCCCGACGGUACCGGGUGUGUCCACUAGCGCGGAUUUCUCAGACUUGCGGGAAAUUAAAAAGCAGCUGCUGCUCAUCGCGGGCCUCACUCGGGAGCGGGGCCUGCUACACAGCAGCAAAUGGUCCGCGGAGUUGGCCUUCUCUCUGCCGGCCUUGCCUCUGUCCGAGCUGCAGCCGCCGCCGCCUCUUACAGAGGAGGACGCACAGGAUGUGGAUGCUUACACUCUGGCCAAGGCCUACUUCGAUGUCAAAGAGUAUGACCGGGCAGCACAUUUCCUGCAUGGCUGCAACAGCAAGAAAGCCUAUUUCCUCUAUAUGUAUUCCAGAUACCUGUCUGGAGAGAAAAAGAAGGAUGAUGAAACAGUUGAUAGCCUAGGACCCCUAGAAAAAGGGCAGGUGAAAAAUGAGGCUCUCAGAGAACUGAGAGUGGAGCUCAGCAGGAAGCACCAAGCUCGGGGACUCGAUGGAUUUGGCCUUUACCUGUACGGGGUGGUGCUUCGGAAACUGGACUUGGUGAAAGAGGCCAUUGAUGUGUUUGUGGAGGCUACUCAUGUUUUGCCUUUGCAUUGGGGAGCCUGGUUGGAGCUGUGUAACCUGAUCACAGACAAAGAGAUGCUGAAAUUCCUGUCUUUGCCCGACACCUGGAUGAAAGAGUUCUUCUUGGCUCACAUAUACACAGAGUUGCAGCUGAUAGAGGAGGCCUUGCAGAAGUAUCAGCAUCUCAUUGAUGUGGGCUUCUCCAAGAGCUCAUACAUUGUUUCCCAAAUCGCCGUUGCCUAUCACAAUAUCAGAGAUAUUGACAAAGCCCUUUCCAUUUUUAAUGAGCUGAGGAAACAAGAUCCUUACAGGAUUGAAAAUAUGGACACAUUCUCCAAUCUUCUUUACGUCAGGAGCAUGAAGUCCGAAUUGAGUUAUCUGGCACAUAACCUCUGUGAAAUUGAUAAAUACCGAGUAGAAACAUGCUGUGUAAUUGGCAAUUAUUAUAGCUUGCGUUCCCAGCAUGAGAAAGCAGCCUUAUAUUUCCAGAGAGCUCUAAAAUUAAAUCCUCGUUAUCUUGGGGCCUGGACACUGAUGGGCCAUGAGUACAUGGAAAUGAAAAACACGUCUGCUGCUAUUCAGGCUUAUCGACAUGCCAUUGAGGUCAACAAGAGAGACUACAGAGCUUGGUAUGGCCUUGGGCAGACCUACGAAAUCCUUAAGAUGCCAUUCUAUUGCCUGUAUUAUUACAGACGGGCCCACCAGCUUCGUCCCAAUGAUUCUCGUAUGCUGGUUGCCUUAGGAGAAUGUUAUGAGAAACUCAAUCAACUAGUGGAAGCCAAAAAGUGUUAUUGGAGGGCAUAUGCUGUGGGAGAUGUGGAGAAAAUGGCUCUCGUGAAGCUGGCAAAGCUUCAUGAACAGUUGACUGAGUCAGAGCAGGCUGCCCAGUGUUACAUCAAAUACAUCCAAGAUAUCUAUUCCUGUGGGGAAACAGUGGAGCACUUGGAGGAGAGCACAGCCUUCCGCUAUCUGGCCCAGUACUAUUUUAAGUGCAAGCUGUGGGAUGAAGCUUCAACUUGUGCCCAAAAAUGUUGUGCAUUUAACGAUACCCGGGAAGAAGGCAAGGCCUUGCUCCGCCAAAUCCUGCAGCUGCGGAACCAAGGGGAGACGCCCACCACUGACACGCCUGGUACCUUUUUCCUCCCUGCCUCACUGUCUGCAAACAAUACUCCCACACGGAGAGUUUCUCCACUCAACCUGUCUUCAGUCACACCGUAGUUGACUCAAGUCAGCACUCUGCUAGACCAACAUUAAACGUUACCUCCGGUGAAGAACAGCCACAUCUGUUCUCCAAGGACCUAUGUUCUUCUCAUCUUUACAGACAGAAGCAGCCUGGGGCACAGCCUAUGGAAGCCCCUUCAGGGGCAGACAGAAAUAUGGCAGGAACAGAUACUGUCUUCUGCCAGCCAGCAAGUCUCCCUUCUAUUCAGAAUGGCAGGUCUUGGCCUUCCCAUAGUCUCUCCACACCCUGCACCCCAAAUGUUUUUACAGCAUAAGUGAUGCUACAGAAACAAGAUUUCUUUUCUUUUUUUCUUUUUGGUUUUUCGAGACAGGGUUUCUCUGUGUUGUCUUAGC